AUGCCCUUGCCCAAUUUGUCCCCUGCCGAGCCAGUCAAUGAGAGCAGCCCAGAGGUCCAAGAGGGCAGCCUAGCUGCUGCCACAACAGAGGUUUUGCCUUCUGCAAGCAACAUGGCACCUCCAGAUGGCAAGGAGGGCCAGUCCACUAGUGGGGAUGUGGAGACUCAGAAAUGCCCGGAGUCCCAGUCUCCCAAAGGGGUAAAGGAGAAGGAAGAGGUGGAGUCUGACCAGGAGGAGAACCUCGUUCCUCUCUCGCAGCUGACUCCCUACAUCUCCUGUUACAUUUGCAAAGGCUACUUAAUAGACGCAGCAACCAUCACAGAAUGUCUUCAUAGCUUCUGUAAAAGCUGCAUCGUAAAACAUUUUGAACAUAGCAACAAAUGUCCAAAGUGCAACACUGUAGUGCAUGAGGCCAAACCUCAAAAUAGCCUGAGGUUGGAUCCACAAUUACAAAACAUAGUGUACAAAUUAGUGGAAGGUCUAGAGGAAAAAGAAAAAAAGCAAAGACGUGAAUUCAACAAAGGAAAUUGUCCGGAAACACCCAAACCUGCUGCUGUUCAGCAGCCAGGCCCUUCAAGCGAAGGGAGCACUAAAAAAGUUGUAGAAUAG